CUAUUUUCUACAUGAGAAAACAUCAUUUAGAGAGACUACAUGAUUUUUUCCCUUGGUCAAGCACCUAGUGGGUGAUAGAGCUGGAAACGGACAUUCAGAACUUGAGCUCUUAAACAUCGCAUUAUAAUGCUGUGUGGAGAAGGAUAACUUUUUGACAUUCAUAGAUUUGUAGUUCUAUUAGGAAAUCUGAAGAUUUAUAACAUCUAAGUUUGCUGAGGCGCCAACUUUGAAUCUGAAUUGAGGCAGGUGUAGUCGUAGUCAGGUAAGUGGGCCAGCCAGCUGCAGGUGCUUUUUCUGAGGGCAGUUCUGGUUUUUACUGGACCUUACGUUUGCACUGCCUCAGUCUAAUGCACUGGCUUUCAGACUUGAGCUCACCUCAAAAUCACCUGGUAGGCUUGGCAAAGCACCAAUUCCUGGGCCCCACAUCUACCUUUUGACUCUGUAGAUCUACUGUGGGGCCUGAGGUGUCACAUUUCUAACAAGUUCCAGGUGAAGCUGAAGCUGCGAGGGACUAAACUGGGCUAAUUCUUGAGUAAGUCAACCAGAAUCAACAUGUCUGGGAUUGAGGAAGGAAUUCUUGGAGGCCGUGACAGCUUUCCUUCUUCUGCCGGUAGCAACUCUGUGUUAUGCUUUGGACAGUACCAAUACACAGCAGAAGAGUACCAGGCCAUCCAGAAUGCUCUGAGGCAGAGGCUCGGCCCAGAAUACAUAAGUAGUCGCAUGGCUGGAGGAGGCCAAAAGGUGUGUUACAUUGAGGGUCACCGGGUAAUUAAUCUGGCCAAUGAGAUGUUUGGGUACAAUGGCUGGGCCCACUCCAUCACACAGCAGAAUGUCGAUUUUGUUGAUCUUAACAACGGCAAGUUCUACGUGGGAGUCUGUGCAUUUGUGAGAGUCCAGUUGAAGGAUGGUUCAUACCAUGAAGAUGUGGGCUAUGGUGUGAGUGAGGGCCUCAAGUCAAAAGCCUUGUCUUUGGAGAAGGCCAGGAAGGAGGCAGUGACAGAUGGGCUGAAGCGGGCACUGAGAAGCUUUGGCAAUGCACUUGGAAAUUGUAUCCUGGACAAAGACUAUCUGAGGUCACUAAAUAAGCUUCCACGCCAGUUGCCUCUUGAAGUGGAUUUAACUAAUGCAAAGAGACAAGAUUUCGAACCAUCUGUGGAACAAGCAAGAUACAGCAGUUGCCGACAGAACAUGGCUCUGGGACCCCCAAAACCACCGGAGAUGACCUCCCCUUGCCAACAAAGCCACUCAGACAAUCCCCACAUUGUGAUGCAAGGAGACAGGGACAGCAGCCCCCGAAGCCUGGCGUCCUCUACUAUGGGGAGGGAUGCCACCUACCAGCGGAAGCUCCGGCAAAAGCAGUUGCAACAGCAGUUCCGGGAACAAAUGGAGAAACAGCAGCAAGUUCAACUAUCUGCUCCAUCCAUUGAAAAGAAGAAUCAGGCAGAGCCACCGGCGCCUCCUUUGAAGCAUGGCACUUCCAAAGCUGAGGGUGCAGAACCACUCACUGAGAGCGACUUCCCUGAAGACAGUUUUGAAAUAUGGGCUAUGGCUGCAGAUGCAGGGGACAGUGUUGUCAAGCCCCUAUCGAGACCGGAACCCCACCAGACUGCUGCCACACCAGUCCUGAACCAGAUGGUGACCCAGAACAGGACACCACAAAGCCUCUGCCACCAGAAUCCACAAGCAAAAUCUGAACUUUGGCACCUUCAGACUCCCAACAUUAACAUAACAGGCAGCUGUGAUUCCUAUAGGAAGAACCAGGACACGAAAAAAAGGAAGUUGGAUCCAUCUUAAAGAAAACUCUGGUCACAUCACUGGACUGUCAGAGAAAACUGCUUUUUGGCCAUGGAAUUAUUCAUCAUUCCUAGGGGAUGAGCUUUAUUUCCAAGGAUUCACUUGCUUCAUUUUGAACUUUUCCAAAGGAUUUGACUAUUAGAACCUACUGCAGAUAAAGCUGAGCAGAUGGAAAAUAAGUACUUUAAAAAAGCUUGUCAUACACUGCAGUAGGCUUUGGGGAGAUGAAAUACCCUUUCUAAAGCUUUUGAGGCUCUUUGUAUUCCUAACUGUUGUUAAUAAAUGUGUAACUUUUAGGAAUCACCAGUGGCUACAAGUAGUAUAACCAACUUUUCUUUUAAAUUUUGUUUAUUUCUUACUAUGUUCUCACACUUUUCCCAUUACCAAUUAUCCCCCAUAUCCUCUUUUAAACAACUACUUACAUUAAACUAUUGUGAGUGAUCUCUGCCUUCUUUCAGAACCUUAGGGCACCAAGUUCUAACAUUACCCACACGAGGACUGUGCAUCAUGCUCAGAACAAAGCCCACAGUGGGGUUUCACUGCUGUGCAUCAAUCCAGCCUGUCAUCCUCAUCUGUGACCAUUCCCUUGUUUAAUUAAGAAAACAA